AUAUACAUGCAUAAUGAUUUUUUCAUGCUAAUUUCACUUAGUGGAGGUUAUCCAGUAUAUGACUUCCUGAAGAUUGUUGAACAUAUCCUUUUCAAAUACCAAUGACUAAAACAAAGCGAACGUUGUAUCGUACAGGCCGAAUUUUCUGUCAAGGAUGACACUUAGUGAUAUAUGGAAACCUGCUUCACCAAAAUAUUGUGGAAAUGAUUUCUGGAAGAUGUUAAGAACUGGUGUUUCCAUUCUUUUCUCACAGUCCAUUCUACAGGAGCCUGCAUUCCAAGAAUUAAUUUUGCUGUACACUGAAGAUACGGGAGCGAGAGAAAAUGAAGAUAAAGCUGAGAUUUCGUCAUUGCAGAUGAAAAUCUAUGAGAAGAUUCCUAUACCAGAUUUGCCGGUUGUUUUUCCUCACAAGAAGCUGUCUUUCAGAAUCCUUGACACGGUACGCCUGGAUGUUGCAACUACUCUGGGACUUCUAGCAUUCAUCAUAAAUUAUAAAUUCGAGGACAUCUUAUCUUCCCCAUCAGCAAUACUUCUAGAUGUGAUUGCUGUCAGUGCACUUGUGAUAUAUUUGACUCGUGUACUUUUGGGCUACAAACAGACCAGGGACAGAUAUCAACUUCUGGUCAACAAGACACUUUAUGAGAAAACAGUAGCCAGUGGCUUUGGUUCCAUUCAUUUUCUUCUUGAUGCUUCUGAACAACAGCAAUACAAGGAAGCCAUUUUGGCUUAUGCAAUACUACUUAAAGCAGAGAGUAGUCAGGUGACUGACACCAGAACUAUUGGAGGCGAAUGCGAGAGAUUUAUUUACCAUGUCUUCCAAGUAAAGGUUGAAAUGCCAGUUGACAAGGCCAUAAAAAACCUGGUGAGACUAGGUCUCGUAAAAGAAAAGAUUGUAGAUGAGCAAAUUGUACUGCAGGCUAUUCCAUGUGACAGGGCUUGCGUUAUUCUCCAGAACCGUUGGAAUAGUAUACUCUGCUACUAGACGCCAUGCUCCUUUGGAUCUUGAGAGGUGUUAGCUAAAUUAUAGCUACUUUAGAAAUGAGUGAUCUUCUAUUAGUUGCACCCAAAUGGAAUUUGAUGAAAGAGAAAUUGGCCCAGAAAAUGUGAUUCAAAAUGGCUGCAUCUCUACCUUGUUUGCUUGAAUUUGAAUUACAGAAUUGAAGGAACUGAUCAGCAAAUAGGAAGUGAACUUGAAUUUGAAUUACAGAAUGCAUUAUCUCAUGAUAGAUGUUUACUGUAUAUUAGUUACUGUUACUCUUAUGUUACACGCACUCGAGUGUAUAACAACUUAAAAUU